UGUUUGCUUAAAAUUCAGAUUUAACAGAGUGCUCAGUAUUUUUGCUGCUACUUGGCUUCCCCGAUCUGGGCACACAUGGGGCUCAGGGGCUGCAAAUAAAUGACUCGGCCUCUGACCAGUAACCUAGCUGAGAUCUGUGUGGGGACAAAUUGCCUGUUUGUUGCGGGCAGUCUGCACGGCCUCUGUGGGAGCAGGAGGCAACUGGCCUGCGGCCCCAGCGGGCUUGGCAGGUGGAAAACAACUGAAUGAAGGAGCCAUUCCUGGAAGAGGCGCCGGUGUGGGCUGGACCUGGCUGCUUGUUUCUGCUGUCACACUUUGCUUUGUGCUUUGAGAUGAGAGAGGAGAGAUGCAGAAUGGCACGCUGAGGUUACAGUUGCACAAUUAUUUAUUCGCAGCUCUUAUGGAGAGGGAGCAACAGAGGAGGUUGAAGUGGUGUCUGAAGUCUGUUUAUUUUGGGGGUGUUUCUUCUUCCACAUGCCCCGACCCAGGAUGUCCCCGUUUUGAUGGGGUGAAUGUGGGAAGGCUGCUGGGAGCUCAUGCGUGUGUUCCAAAUGCCCCCUGCCCCAGGGCAGUGAACCGUUCUGCCACUCUCUGGCAUCUGGGAGCAACCCUGUAGGAAGCAACCAGUGACUGCUUUCUCUACGCGGCCACUGCUGUCAUGGUCACCUGGUGGUGAGUGAAUUCACAUUCACCAACUUCUGUUGUGCAUCCCCCGUGUGACAGUUUUUCAGUUAUAAAUAAAAUCCACCCAUUCUUUACAAGGAAGAAGGGGGCCCCAGCAGACGUAAUCAGCUGUUCCCCAUGGCAUCUGGGAACCAGACCUCUGUGACCCUCUUCAUCCUGCAGAGCUUCACCGACGACCCCUGGCUCCGGGCUGCCCUCUUCUGCCUCUUCUUGGCCCUGUUUGCCGUGGCCCUAGCUGGCAAUGGGCUGAUUAUUGCCGCCAUCCGCUGCAGCCCCAACCUCCACACCCCCAUGUACUUCUUCCUGGUCAACCUGGCCAUGCUGGACAUGAUCUGCACCCUGUCCAUCCUCCCCAAGGUCCUGCAGAGCCUGGUCGGUGAGAGCACCAUCACCUUCUGGGGCUGCCUCAGCCAGAUGUUCUUCUUCACCUGGUCGCUGAGCUCGGAGCUGCUUCUCUUCACCGCCAUGGCCUACGACCGCUACCUGGCCAUCUGCCGCCCUCUGCAUUAUGGCGCCCUGAUGAGCGUGAGGGUCUGCCUCACCCUGGCCGUCUUUGUGUGGUCCACAGGGACACUCACUGCCUUCGUGCUCACAGGCCUGGUGCUGCGUCUGUCCUUCUGCGGCCCCCAGCUAAUUGCACACUUUUUCUGUGAGAUCCCACCGGUGCUGCUGCUCUCCUGCAGCCCAACUUUCAUUAACAAUGUGACGACCAUGGUCGCUGACAUGUUCUUCUCUGGGAUGAACUUCCUGCUCACCAUGACUUCCUAUGGCUUCAUCAUUGCCAGCAUCCUGCGUAUCCGCUCAGCAGAGGGCAAGCGGAGGGCCUUCUCCACCUGCUCCUCCCACCUCGUGGUGGUCUCUGUGUACUACUCCACCGUGCUCUACACCUACAUCCGCCCGGGCCUGGGGUCUGCUGGGCUCCUGGACAAGGCUGUUGCCGUUCUGUAUACCAUUGUGACUCCCACUCUCAACCCCCUUAUUUACACCCUGAGAAACAAGGAAUUCAAAGCAUCCCUUAGAAAACUCUUGCUGUUCUUCACCAAGUGACUCGUGAAGAGGAUGCAAAAGGUCUGAACUUCAGAAGCAAUGGGACCACAGCCUGAGAAAUUCCCCUUAUCUUUGUCCAAAGGGCUCCGUAUAUAGAA